GUCUAAUGUACCACAAUGGCGAGUUCUUGUUUAGUGUAUUGAUUUGAUAAAUAUUCAGGUGUGCAGUUGGUUGUUUCUUUCUUCAUGGCCCCGGGAAACAUGAAAUCGGAUAUCAUAGGACCCCAACGCAUGAAGAUCGACGGUCGGCAGGGAUUACUUCGUAAGAAUAUGUCUAGAAACUCAGCGGUUUUGGGCGAAAUGCCGUCCAGUGUGCAGCAUUCAAAUCACAGUGACAAUAACACUAACAGCAAGGCGUUUACCCAGGACAUUUCAAAUUUGAAGGAAUUGUGUGUAGCAAAGGGAACGCCGAAGUCGACAAACGAUCGUAGCUUAUAUGAUGAUGAGGAGAGAACUCGCAUGGAAUCACAAAUUAAACACUUGAAAGAAUUGUUGCUACUCCAUCUCGAUAUCAUACAACAACAACAGGAGCAAUUACUCGCCAAAGAUCGAGAGAAUAAAAACCUUCGGAGCGAAAAAGAAACGUUGAAAUGCAGACUAGAGCGAAUGGAAAGACGUAUGAGCCUUGCACACAAAAGUGGGUCAUCUCAGGAAUCUGGUUCACCGAGCAGUAGGCAACAUAAACUUACCCAAACGCAAGUACACAAAAGGAGGUUAUCAGAAGACAGUUCAUCAUCUCCUGCAAGUAAAAAAUCCGGACUUUUCCCUAGGACACCAUCGCAAAAGAUUUCUGAAUUUUUAAAAUCCUCUACAAAACUCAAGGCUGAUUUGCACAAAAAAUCUGAAAAAUUGAAAGAUAAAGAAGAAAAGUGUUUUCGAACUAGUUUACAUUAUUUUAGUCACAACAGAGUGCCUCCUAUGUUGUUGAAUCCAAUCCACAUCGAAGACUCUAAUGUUCUACUUCCAGCAUGGAGGAUUAAUGUGAUACCAAGUUCAACGUCAGUCGAUGGAAUUGAGGAUAUUAGUGACGACACUUUUACCAAAAGGCAUCUAAAGUAUGAGGUGGACGAGCGAAAACGAAAACGCUGGGAUAUUCAAAGAAUCAGAGAGUUGCGGCAGCACGAUUUACUUGAAAGGAAGGUCCUGAAGAGAGAACAACUUUCAGUGCAAGUUUUAACAACUUUUAAACCCAGUAUACAUGAAGCUGAAUGUAUUGAAGUUCAUGACUUGCUUCCGGUGACGGCGUUCGGUAAACCUUUGCCGCCGCUGCAACAAAAGCAUUUUGAACUUCCGUGGUUUGAUUUGAAAGAACGCGAGAAAGAAGAAAAACCACGACAGACGCGGAGAUGGACUAAAAAAUAACACCAUGUGUAUUGCUGUUAUGAGUUUUGAAGAUUUGCUGCAUAGUAGUUUAAUAGUCGUAGUGUAAUGUAGUUGAUGGUAGAUAGAUAGUGGUAGUGUAACUUUAUAAUGGUUUAUUCUUAGUUCUGUUACAAAGAUUGUAAACUUUUCGAUGAAAUGUGGCUGCACAUCGGAUGCCUUUAACCCAUGUGUCUAGAGCUUAUACAUUUAGCAAAGCAGUAUGGAUGCACGCUAAACGCUUUAUCACAUAACUGAUCACCGUGUGACUUGUAUGUCAAAAUUACUUAAAUGAAUGAAUUAUGUUCAAAACCCUCGUAAUGACCUCUUCUAGAAAGCUGAAUCACUUUUAAACUAUAUAUUCACUACAGCUGUUACGUUUCCUGUCAGUGUCAGAGGUCACCUCAUGUUAUUAACACUCACCUCCUUGGAACAAUGUAAAAUUCCUUUACAAAUUUCACUGAUUCUGUGGAGAAAAUCUCCUGCCAAGUUCCUGUUUUCUUCAAUGUCUCCCCGUAUCUUGACCUCCCUGCAGUACGUGAAUCCGUUCUUACGUUUCCUCCCCAUUAGUGUUAGUCUUUUGAUCUCUCAUACCAAAUUUAACCUCGGCAAGUGAAAUCUGAAGUGUGGAAUUAAGUGUUAGUUUGCAUCAUAUGUUAGCAAUAUGAACCUUAUUUAAGAAAAGAGUCAGUAGGGUAAAAAUAUGCGUAUUGACGCCGUUACUGUGUGUUGACCCAUUAGGUUGUCUAAAGUUUAAGUAGAGGCUGGUACUCCCAGGCUGUAUUCACGCUCAUUCUCAAUACAUUCCAUUGUUUGUCAUACACACUUAGAAUCCCAGACAGAUGACGAGAAAUUUAACUUGUUAAAUCAUUAUGUUUAUAUACUUGUAUUAAAAUGUAAAUGAAAAAAAAACUAAAACCAUUUUUAUCACCGUCCCCCGUUUAUCCCAUCUCCAAUGUUGAGUUAAUACUUGUCAAAUAAUUGACCUAGCUGUGAAGUUAUCUGUAAUAGACUUUAACUGAAAAGUGAAUUAUUGUUGAGUGGUUCUCAUGUAUUACGUAGAUACGAAACCUUUAAACAUAAUUCUCAAUAAAUGAAACUAAACUAUUAUGUAAACGAUCUUGUUUUUUCAAAAUAAUUACAAAUUCAGCUACAUUGUGAUGGUUUUGCAAAAGUUGUUUCAAGUGAAUCUGUAAUCGAUAGUAUUUCAAGCUACAAGUAUAUUUUAUAUUGACUCGUACUGUCCCCCUCCCAACGUGUGCACAACACCAACUUUCCAACUUACAUACACUCUGAAAUAUAAGCAUGCAAGAAGAUUUCUGUCCAAAUAGUCAAAUGAUUUUGUAUUCAACCAGCUUUUGAUUCAAUUUGUGUGAAUCUUUAAAAUGCUUGUUUCUUAACAUGGCUGUCAAUAUACAUGUAUAAUUACAAUGAGGAAUAGAACUUUUUUAAGCUACGCAGUCCCUCUAUAGGCUAGAAAUGGUUAUUGUUUGAUUUACAAUCUUGUAUCCAAUGCUUUAGAUGGUUACCGCAUGUGAACUUUGGUGAACAUGUGAGCGUCCACCCAAUUUCUCAGAUUACUAUGGUUAGUCUUUUAAUUGAUGUUGGAUAGCUUGAAAUAAGUUUGAUAUAUGAUGGGCUAGUUCACGAUAGAUUCUUAAUUGCCUGAUAGGUGUGAAUCACUAUAUACCUGUCAUGUGGGCUGUUUGAAGGACAUUCGACCAGUUUCCAGACUGAUCUAUAGAGGAACUGUGGUACAAUCUACAUACAUUUAAUUUUUUUUAACUUGAUUAUUGUAUCUGUUUUUGUAGAGAUGUGCAUUAAUCAUGUAAGUAUAUUUUUGAACCAGCUGAGUAGUUGUGUUAUAAACUGUUGUAAUUUGAAUGAGGGAUUACGAUGAUUGCAAUACUUAGUGUAUGUCAGCAUGCUCUCUGUGGGUCUAUAAUGAAACCAGUAUGUCAAUUGUGAUUCGCAAACAUACAACAAACUACUUCUACUUUUAUAUUUCACCCACCUUGUCUAGUUUAUUGACCUCUUCAAAGUGGUAUUCAUUUAAAACAUCAGGUUAUUGUCAUAUUGAGUGAUUCACUAUGCAUGUUUUAAACAUGGCAUGAGCUAGUUUUUUUUUGCUUAUUGGCCAGUACAGCAAUUACAAUUUAGUGU